AUGCGCUCAAGUCCGCGAACUCCAGUCGACCCCGACUUGGCAGACUUGUUCGCCAGCCGGGGAAGGCUCGACGCGCAUCGAUAUAUGGAAACGAGAGACGCUCAUGACCUUGAAAAUGCAAUCUCAAACAUGCGCUCGGCAAUAGCUCUCACUAAAGAUACCCAAUCAACGAGGAAAAAUACCGGACUGAAUGAGGCCCGGCAAUUGGCAACAUGGGCUCUGGAGUGUUUGUCAGACUGUGACGCAAAUCAGGCUCAAGUUCUUGCUACCCUCGGUACCAUAUUAACCAGCCAGUAUGACCGUUCGGGAAGGACUCUUGAUCUAGAGGAGGCCAUCUCCAGUCUAUACAUUGCGACUCAGGUUCGAAGCCUUUCUGACAAUGGCACGUUUCGGGCUGUCGUGUUGAACAAUCUCUCCUGUGUCCUGGCAAAGCGCUAUGAAAUUACUGGAAGAAGGGAAGAUCUCAAUGACGCCGUUACUAGUGCGCUGGAAGCGACUGAAGUUAAUAGCCUGACCAACGCAUUAUUUGAGCUUCGCAUAGUCACUGAGAUUUCGUCAGAAGACUCAAAGCUCGACACUCUUCUUAGUCAGUUAGGUGGUCUGGCAAUUGAACAACACACUUUGAGGGCCCCGCAAAUGGAUCAAGGGAUAGAGAUGUCGCAGUCGUAUUACCCAAAGUCUCUGACAUUCUAUUUCUUUCUGUUCAUAUCGACUACGGUAUUCGUCUUUUUGCCGAUGGCAUUCUACCCACUUGUUGUGUUCUUUGGCGGCAUUGUGUCCAACUGGGCUUUUCAGCAAUACUAUCAGCAAAUUACCAACAGGGAUAAGUCUCGUUAUUUACUUUAUUUAAUUUCGACUUGGGUCCAGGAGAAAUUCUUGCUGCCAUAUAACAGUACCGGUUUCACGCCAACACUUUUUCCUACUCCGUGGAUUGAUAUCUGCCCUACUCUUAUCUUUCCAAGGUCAGAAGAGGAACCGUAUAAGCUGGAUAUAUCGCGUAAACAGAAACCAAUACAUGCUACGCGAUUGCAGUCCAAAUAUGAUGAAGUACAGGAAAAUUGGGCUAGAGAUCGGUCUCCGGCUCCUGAUACUUUUUCGGCAUUUAAACGGUAUACGUCAAAGUCCAAGAGUCCUGGUCUUUACGAUAUCGCCGAUUCAAAGAUCUGGGAUGAUGUGAAUAACUCUCUAAGCGACAAUGAACACUCAGGAACGCUGCGAUCCGUGUCUGAAGAAGGGAAAGUCUUUAAUCACUUUGAUGACAUAUCAGGAGAUGGACCAAAUAUUCUUACAAGACGAGUAUCUACGACUGAAGAUGUUCCUGAGACCGACAUUGCGUAUCCCGUGAAAUUUAUAGAAUGUUUUGAGCAACAAGAGACAAUUUCAGAGACGGUGCCUACUUCUGUUGGGCAUCCAUCCAAACAAGCAGUGACUGAGGCGGUCCUACCUAGUGACGGAGAAGAUAACAUAAUGGAUUCCACUAAACAAGGCAAGUAUAUCAUGAUUCUUUCACCACCCAUCGAGGAUUCACAUAGUACCUUAGGGAAAGAGUUCAUUGAUCAAAAGGUCCACAGUCGUGUAUCUCCUACACAGCUUGAAAAAGAAUCCUCGGCAUUCGACUCCGUGGCCCAAGGGAAUACUUCAAACGACAUAAACAAAAAUGAGGGCAAUGCCAUGGGAAACAUCUACAGUGAGGAAGCACACGUUGUCGGUCAUUUGAGUCGUCACUAUGGUGAUAAAUUUGAAACGAAGAACAUUUCCGCAGUUCUCCCCUGGCACAAUAUCCCGGCUGCCAAUCAGAGUCUGUCMCCCGCCACGCUGGAUGAAACAGAUGCAGAGGAUAUCCCGCGAGAGGUUAUUCCGCGAGAGGUUAUUCAGCGAGCGGUUAUUCAGCGAGAGGUUAUUCCGCGAGAGGAUAUCCCGCGAGAGAUUAUACAAGCCUCACCUGAAUCUGAAUCAGAAGCCUCCGCAUUAGAGAGAAGAUUGCGUCGGCUUCAAAGGUAUAUAUCUAGUCUAGAGCACAAACAAGAUGCCGCAUCGAAGGAUCAUCUAAAAUCUGCUAAAGAAAAAGCUGCAAACCUUUCUGGGGAAUUACGGAAUCUUCUCGAGAUUUCCGCACGGAGGUAUAUCAAUGGUCAUUCAGCUGAAGCACAAACCGCGCGAGUUAUCAAUCGGCCUGCCGAGUCCGAUGUGGAGGUGGAGGUACCUUCACCACCAACGAGCUAUUAUGGAGAAACCAAUAGUCAGGCAUCAUCUGACAGGUAUCCAAAAGAUUUCACCUAUGAAAGCCCCAGAAUGCGCUCGGACCAUAUCGUCCCAACACAACGAGAAAGCAGAGCCAAGAAAAAAGUAGUAAAGCAAGUGCGAACAGUGCGAGCAGACCGUACUUCCAUGCCCCCCCAAGCGCCAAAUAUCAAACAUUUCAAAACUUCCCGCGAACAAGUUGAAGUGCUCUACUCGUACUUCCGGAAAUACCUACUACCACUUUGUGACUUAUAUGUUCGUUAUACUCCAGACGAUCAAAAAACACGCGAAUCCCAGCAUACGAAAUUGAGCGAGACUAUUAUGUCUCAGGUGCUUCUGAACGCCGAUUGCAUUGAAAUAGAUAAUGAGUCUACUCGCAAUGCACGUCGCAGACUGGUGGGCGAGGCCCAGGCGACCUUGAAAAGACUCGAUGAUGCAUUAAACAGUUCAAGAAAGGUUGCAUAUGUAGAAGACAUGUAUGACGACUAA